AUGGACGGCAGCGGAAAGGGCCCUUCUUCCGCGCCUGACGGCGGCGGUUCCUGGCCCGUCGGACCGAAUCGGACGCGCGACGGCUCUUACGGCGGCGGCGGCGGAGAAAGCGGGCUUGGCGCAGGCAGAGACAUGGGCGGACCUGGCGCGGGGAUGGGACCGGGGGGAACGGGGGGUAUGGGGAUGAUGGGCAUGGGACCCAUGGGCGGAAUGGGGAGUAUGGGGGGAACGGGCGGAUCGGGCGGAAUGGGAGGUACGGGGGGGAUGGGGGGUGCGGGAUACGUGUUUGAUCCGAUGUAUCCACAAGGGUACGGGGGACUCAGCGGCGGCGGCGGAGGAGGCGGAGAUCCGUCGCGGAAGUGGGGAAAAGGGGAGGGAUCCGCGGAAGGUGGCGCGCAGGCGGGAUCCGGACCUGGCAUGGGAGGCAUGGCCGGGCCUGGAGGUAUGGGAGGGUCGGGGCCUGGUAUGGGCCCUGGAGGUAUGGGUGCUGGAGGCAUGGGCUCAGGCAUGGGUUUUGGCAUGGAUGCGGGCGCGCGGGGAGGGGGAGGCGGAGGGGGGUGGGGAAUGGGGAGUAUGGGGGGGAUGUCAGGCAUGGGGAACAUGGGCAUGGGCGGGAACAUGGGCGGAGGCAUGGGGAUGGGAAUGGGCGGAGCGGGCGGAAUGGGGAUGAACAUGGGAUAUGGCCCUGGUCCAGGGGGAAUGGACGGGCCUGGCGGAUGGGCAGGCGGAGGCGGAGGAAGAGGGGGAAUGCCAGGCGGCAUGGGGGGAGGGGGAGCGGGAGGCGGAGGGGGAGGUGGGGGCGGCAUAGGGACCGGUGCAGGGGCAGGCGCAGGGGCAGGUUCGGGGGGGGGCGGAGGAGGCGCUGGGAUGGGCGGAGGUGGGCCAGAAACGGGUGGUAUACCACCAAGAGCGCCCCAGUCAGGCCCAGCGAACGGCCCUGGUCGGGGGGGCAUAUUCUACCGCACGAAAAUGUGUGUCAAGUUCCGCAACGGCGUGUGUCCGUACGUGAGCAACUGCAACUUCGCCCACACGCAGGAGGAGCUGAGAAGGCCCGUGCCCAGCUGGGGAGGGGAUGAUAUGGCGGGGCGCAAGGGCGCGGGGGAUGGCAGGGGGCCGGCACGAGGAGGCGCGACACUGAUGCUUUGGCUGACUCUUUAUUUCUUCCCUUCCCGUUGUCUUGUCGGCCAUUACCAGCAGCAGCAGCAGCAGCAGGCACCACAAGCAUCUGAGGCACAAGGGCCCGCCAGCAAGGCAACGUCUGGUGCUGCUGGCGAAGGUGCUGGUGGGGCUGGUGGCAUUGCCAAGGGAGGGGCGCCAGGGGAAGGAGCAGGGGGAGCAACCGGGCCUGCAGGGGCGGACGCUCCUUCUGCAUCAGCUGCUGCUGCUGACAGUGCUGGUGGCAGUGCUGGUGGAGGGGGGGGAGCGGUUGGGGGAGGGGGAGGCGGGGGAGGGAGUGUGGGCAUGGGGGCGACGGGCAAGCCACCCAACUGGCGCACGCGCAUGUGCCACCGGUGGGAGAUGACUGGCAACUGCCCCUUCGGUGACAAGUGCCACUUCGCCCACGGGGUCCAUGGUACGUGCUGCCGCCUUGCUGCUGCUGCUGCUGCUGCUGCUGCUGCUGCUGCUGCUGCUGCUGCUGCUGCUGCUGCUGCUGCUGCUGCUGCUGCUGCUGCUGCUGCCUUGCUGCUUCUCUCAAGUUCCAGCUUAGAGCUGCAGAGGUACGGGGGAGGGCCCAUAGACCCAUCCAUGCUGCCGCCGCCCUACGCCGACCAGUUCCACCGCAUGGGACCCGGCAUGCCCCCCAUGGGCGCCAUGGGGGGGUCAAUGGGCGCAAUGGGGGGAGGCCUUGGGGGAAACGUUCCCCCUGACUUCCCCCCCUAUGGGCCCGGCGGUGGGCCUGCUGGUGGGCCUGGCUUCCCCGGUGCUGCUGGGAUGGGUGGGGGUGGGGUGGGAGCGGUGCCUUUUCUCCGCCCUCCUCCCCUGGGGUUUGGUCCUGGGGGUGGGGCGAUGGGGAGAGGAGGGCCCAUGCCUGGCCAAGUGGUGGUGCAGGGCGCGGGACCAGGGCCGCGCUACGGGCACGUGAUGGCGCUCGUGGGGCAGCGCUUCCUGCUCUCCAUCAGCGGCAACGACGGCAAGCGGCCGUUGGCGGAUGUGUGGACGCUGGACACGGCGGCGAAGCCGUACGAGUGGAAGAAGCUGGAGCCCGAUGGCGAGGGGCCGCCGCCGUGCAUGUACGCCACCGCCAGCUCAAGGCACGACGGGCUGCUGCUGCUCUGCGGCGGGCGCGACGGGAGCAGCGUGCCCCUGCCAGGUGCGUAUGGCUUGGCGCGGCACCGAGAUGGGCGGUGGGAGUGGGCCAUCGCCCCCGGCGUGUCUCCCUCCGCGCGCUACCAGCACGCUGCUGUGUUUGUGAACCUGCGCCUGCACGUGUCGGGUGGAGCCCUGGGAGGUGGUCGCAUGGUGGAGGAUGCGUCCAGUGUGGCAGUGUUGGACACGGCAGCGGGCGUGUGGUGUGACCGCAAGGGCACGGUGGCGGUGGCGAGGACGGGGCGCUUCAGUGCGGACGCGCCUGGCGGCGACGCCAGCACGGAGCUCACCCGCCGCUGCCGCCACGCCGCUGCUGCUGUUGCCAACUCCAUCUUCAUUUAUGGUGGCCUCCGGGGCGGCAUUCUCCUGGAUGAUCUGCUGAUCGCCGACGACUCGCCACCGGAGCCGCCGCCGCUGCCUGCCCCGUCCGCCAAGGCGGAGGGCGUGGGCAACCGCAGGCCGCCCGUGGCCCCCCGCAAGGGGGCGCGCGGGGACGCUGCUGCUGCCUCCGCCGCUGGCAGGGAGGCUGACGGCGGGGCUCAUGCUCGCGACCACCUCACCAGUGGUGAGGAGGGCGCGGAUGGGCUUUCUUUCAACGGCAGGGGGGGCGUGCCAGGGAGGGGCGGGGCGGGGGGCAGCGACGAGGAGGAGGAGGAGGAAGAAGAGGAGGGGGACGCGGACGACAGCAGCAGCGACGGCCUUCACCCCAGCACGUCCAGCCUCACCAGUCACAGCGACGAUGGCAGGAGUGACACCCCCGACUUCAAAGGCGGCGUGCGCCUGCACCACCGCGCUGUGGUGGUCUCGGCAGACCCAGGCGGCAACAGUCUGGGCGGGCUGGUGCGUCAGCUGUCCAUCGAGCACUUUGAGAACGAGGGCCGCCGCAUCAGCUACAGCCCUGACGGCGUGCAGGCGCACCGACGCCUCCUCGACAGGCAGAUGUCCAUCCAGGGCGUGCAUAAGAAGGUGCUGCAAACGCUGUUGAAGCCGAGGGGGUGGAAGCCUCCGGUGAGUCGGCAGUUCUUUCUGGACGUGCAUGGCGUGGUGGAGCUCUGCGACCUCGCAGAGACACACUUCAAGAACGAGCCCUCCGUUCUGCAGAUACGAGCGCCUGUGAAGAUCUUUGGCGACCUACACGGGCAGUUUGGUGACCUCAUGCGCCUCUUUGACGAGUACGGCUCGCCCUCCACCGCCGGCGACAUUGCGUACAUAGACUACCUGUUUCUGGGCGACUAUGUAGACAGGGGGCAGCACAGUCUGGAGACUAUCAUUCUGCUGCUCGCUCUCAAGAUUGAGUUCCCGCGCAACGUGCAUCUGAUUCGAGGCAACCACGAGGCGGCGGAUAUCAAUGCGCUCUUUGGCUUCCGAAUGGAGUGCAUCGAACGCAUGGGCGAGGAGGGCGGCAUAUGGGCGUGGCACCGCAUCAACCAGCUGUUCAACUGGCUGCCGCUAGCAGCGCUGAUAGAGCACAAGAUCCUGUGCAUGCACGGGGGCAUAGGGCGCUCCAUCCAGCACGUGUCACAGAUCGAGGAGCUCAAACGCCCCAUCACCAUGGAGGCUGGAUCCAUGGUUCUCAUGGACCUGCUCUGGUCGGAUCCCACGGAGAACGACAGCAUAGAGGGCCUGCAACCCAAUGCCAGAGGACCAGGCCUUGUCACUUUCGGACCCGACCGAGUGAUGGAGUUCUGCCACACCAACGACCUGCAGCUCAUCAUUCGAGCGCACGAGUGUGUCAUGGACGGCUUUGAGCGCUUCGCAGGGGGCCACCUCAUCACGCUCUUCUCCGCCACCAACUACUGCGGCACGGCCAACAACGCAGGGGCCAUCCUGGUGUUGGGGAGGGACCUGGUGGUCUUCCCCAAGAUGAUCCACCCGCUGCCGCCCACUGGCAACCCAGCCAACUCGUCUGAUGACCAGGAUGACACGUGGAUGGCGGAGCUCAACUCGCAACGGCCACCCACACCAACAAGGGGCCGCCCGCAACCAGGCAACGACCGCAACUCCCUCGCCUUUAUCUAG